CUAUGAACGAGGAGCAGUUCGUGAGCAUCGACCUGGACGAUGACAACGUCUGCAGUGUCUGCAAGCUGGGGACCGAGAAAGAAACGCUCUCCUUCUGCCACGUUUGCUUCGAGCUGAACAUUGAAGGAGUACCAAAGUCAGAUCUUCUACAUACGAGAUCUUUAAGGGGGCACAGAGACUGCUUUGAAAAAUUCCACUUAAUAGCAAAUCAGGACUGUCCGCGAUCAAAGCUCUCUAAAAGUCCAUAUGCAGAAGUAAAAAAUAUACUGAGCAAAAAAAUUAACUGGAUCAUACAGUACGCACAAAACAAGGAUUUAGACUCUGACCCUGAAAGCUCAAAACCAUCCCAACACCAGCUUUUUAACUUCAGACAUUCGACUGAUAGAAAAUUACUCCCCCAGUUUGACUCCCCCGUACCUAGAUACUCUGCAAAAUGGAUAGAUGGCAAUUCCGGAGGCAUCUCAAGCUGCUCACAAACUCUUUUGGAACAAAGAGAAUCCACUGAUUUCAGACUUGAUGUGUUACAAGAAGCAGGUGCUACCUUCUGUUGCAGCAGUGUUUUGUGGUCUAAUCACAACCAAGCCCAGAAAGCUGAAAAAGCUGAAGGUGCUUCACUCACCAGUGUUCAUAGAAGGCAUCCUCAGUACAGCAGGGAAGAAUUGACUACGAUGACUCCUGGAGAGUUAAAGCAACUUAAUGAAAAACUGCUCAAGCAAAUCCAGGAUGUGUUUGAAGAACUGACGCAGCAAGUCCAGGAAAAGGACUCUUUGGCCUCGGAGCUCAACGUCCGUCACAUUGCUAUCGAGCAGCUGCUGAAGAACUACUCCAAACUGCCGUGUCUACAGAUGGGGCGAGCAGGGAUGAAAUCAAACGUCCCCAUAUAAAAGGGGUGCAGCUUCAAUCCCCCUACAGAGCUAACUUGCCCUAAUAGCUUUUGUAACAAUUAGGUAUAGCUGCACAGGUAUUUAGAAGCUUUUGAGGGAACUUGGGCAGCUUUCUCUUUGCAUUCAUAAUCCAUGAGAAGU